UCUCCUUCCUGCAUCCCGCAUGGACAUAUUCCUGCAUUCCUGCACCCCCGGUCCUGUUGCAGCUCGCUCUUUUCCUUCUUGGCUGCUGCUUGGGGUCGAGCCGUGUGGCACACAACCCUCCCGCAGCAAGAGCGCACCGCAGUCCUCUCCCCAAGAAGACUGCUAGGCUAGGAACAGCCGAGCCGCCGCUUGUCGUUUGAGGGCAUCCUCCGCCCUCUUCUCCCCGCUACGCCUUUCAGCCUCCAGCUGCCACCUGCAGAGGAGAGAACGGCUGGUGUGUGGGUAAUCGAAACUGCAGAAUUCGUCCGGGCGGGCACUUCAAGGCACCCACUCGCUCCUACAGGCUCUUCUCCACCACCACCGGUUCGGCCCUUUGGUCUCCGCUCCACAACUGUCCAGCAUCUGCAUCAGCGUCAAACGUCGUCCAACAUGCUCGCAAGCAACGGAAUUUCGGCUGCCGAGCUGCAGCGCCAGCACAUCCUCCAGCAGUUGCAGUCGCCAUUUGCCAGCGAAGCAGGUGCGACUUCUGCGCAGGCUACUCCCAUGGCGGAUCCAUUCCCAUCGCUCGGCGACAACGAUGCGGACGUCCACUCGGGUGCCGAUCCCAGUUGGGGUCCCGGCGCAAGUGGUAGCGGAAGCACCAAGGCUACUGGCUCGUCUCAAAAUGCCGCUAACGGUUCUUCCAAGGAGCAGCAGAAGCAGCGUCAAUCCCAGCCUGACUUCAACUCGGAAUCUGCGUUCCCCACUCUCGGCGCUGCGGCCGCAAAGCCCGCCGCGUCCUCGUCCUGGUCCAGGAAGCUGAGCACGGCGGGUGGUAGCAACGGCAAUGCCUCCUCCGCCACAGCUGCUUCUGCCCAGCAGCCCCCGGCUUCUGCGAGCCAGUGGCACUCGACGACGCCGGUGAUCCAACGGAAUGUCGUCAACGAGACCUUCUCGUUGCCGUCGUCACCCGAGUUGGUCAGCAAGCUGCCGGGGGUGCUCACGCGCAUCCGCGCCAAGUUUGGCGGACCGAGCUCCGCCGUCGGCGCCGGCCUCGGCGCUGCCGCUGGCGCCGUCACGAUCGAGGCGAGCACGACGAGGAAAACGAACACCACCACGUUCAUCCUCAAGGGCAGCAGCGAGAAGACCAUCAAGGCCGCCAAGAAGGAGCUGAGCGUCGCGCUCGCGAAGUCUGUCACGCUCACCAUCAUGAUCCCCGCCUCGCUGCGGGCUUUUGUCAUCGGCGCCAAGGGCAAGAACCUCAAGACGAUCACCGAUCAGACGGGCGUGCGCAUCAACAUACCCAAGCCCGACGAGGGCAGCGGCGACGCUGCUGCUGCUGCCGCUGCCAACGGCGACUACGACGCCGACGAACAGGUCCCCGUCACGAUUGAGGGCGACGAGAUCAACGCGCGCAACGCCCAGAGCAUGCUUCAGGCCAUCGUUGCUGAGCGCACGUCCAAGAUCACCCAGCGCCUCUCACACAUCGACCAUGUCUUUUACCCGUUCAUCGCUGGGCCCAAGGGCAGCAACGCCGCUAAGCUCGAGCAGGAUGCCGCGCUCGGUGCCGGUAUCGUCAGCGUGCGUGUGCCCCCACGCGCGGCGUUCCUGUCCACUGCGACUGCCUCCUCCAAGGAGGGCAAGGAAGGUGCUGGCGAGGAGCGCGGGCGCGAUCUGAGCAUCAUCGUCACGGGUGACCGCGAGGCCGUGGCGCGGGUCGUCGCAGCAAUCGAAGCGCAGGUGGACAACAUGCGGCGCAACCUGCGCACACUGGCCAUCCAGAUCCCCAAGCGGCAGCACCGCUUCCUCGUCGGCGACAAUGCCACCGAGGUGCUUGCAACGACCGGGUGCAGCAUCGAGCUCGCGCCGAUCGACGACCCGAGCGACAGCGUCACGAUCCGCGGGCCUGCGCCCAGCCUCGCCGGCGCGCUCACCGCCGUCAUGCAGAAGGCCAACUCCGUACAGGUCCAGACCGUCGAUCUCGUCGCCGCGCACCGCUCGAUCGACCACGCGCGCGACCUCGUCCGCUGGUUGUCUAUCGGUAUCGCCCCCAGCCGCCUGCCGCGCGGCAGCGCCGGCGGCGUGCAGGUAUUUGCGCCGCGCUCCGCGCUCCUCGAGACCACCGGCCAGGCGGCCAUCGAGAUUGUCGGCGGCGACGCCCAUGAGGUCGGUGCUGUGCGCGACCACGCCGAAGAGCUCGUCCGCCGCGUCUCGCCUGCGUGCAUCGUGCGCAUCGACAUCGACCCGUUGCUGCACCGCCACAUUAUCGGCAAGAAAGGCGCCAACCUUAAGCAGUACGAGGUAAAGGGCGUUGACCUGGUCUUCCCUCCUGCCUCCGAGCACGGAGACGGCUCGGCGGAGGUGCUGCUCGUGUACAGCAGUGGCGCCGCCGCCGCUGGUGAGUCAGACAAGAAGGCGCGCGACGCGCACGCGCAGCACGUCCUCGCAGACGUCAAGGCCGACGUGCUGAAGGCUUCCGUCCACGCGGCCGACAUCCACAGUGAGACGCUGCACAUUCCACAGAAGUUCCACAGGCACAUCCUCGGCCCCAACGGAACCACGCUCAACGCGCUCAUUGGCGAGGAGCGCAACGUCGCUGUCAAGGUUGGCCCGGGUAAGGGCGCCGCUGCUGCUGCGGGCGUCAAUGGCAAUGGAAAAGUGGAUGGCGAGGACGCAGUCAUCGUGCGCGGCCCGAGCGCCGAGGUGCAACGCGUCGUCCAGGAGCUGCAGCGCAUCGCGCAAGAGGCAGAGCAGGACAUCAUCGUCAACGGUCAUGUCGCCGAGUUCUACGUCGACGCCGCCCACGUCCCGCACCUCGUCGGCAAGGGUGGUGCGGCGGUGACCAAGCUGCGCGAGGAGCUCGGCAUCCGCAUCGACUUUACCGAUCCCGUCGCCGCGUCCGGAGGGGGGGCGACAGCGGUAGAAGGAAAGAAGAAGGGCAGCGCCAAAGCCAAGGUCACGCUCACUGGCCGCAAGGAAAAUGUUGAGGAGGCUAAGAAGCGGCUUCAGGCGCAGGUGGAGAAGCUGGCAGACGAGACAAGCAUCGUGGUCAAAGUGCCGGUUGCGCUGCAUGGGCAGAUUAUCGGACAGGGCGGAAAGUACGUCACGCGCCUCCAGGAAACGUACGCGGUGCGCAUCAACUUCCCCAACGCCAGCGCGAAUGCUGCGGGCGGCGGCAGCAAUGCGCAAAGGCCGGAUGAGGUCGUCAUCAAGGGUGGCAAGAAGGGCGUCGAGGGCGCGAGAGCCGAGCUCGUCGAGCUCGUGGCAUACGAGCAGGAGAAUAACAACGUAAGCAUGCUCAAAGUCAGCUCCAAGGCCGUCGCGCGCAUCCUCGGCCGCGGCGGCGUGAACAUCAACCAGAUCCGCGAUGAUACGGGUACCCAGAUCGACAUCGACCGCGACGAGGCCAGCAAGGACGCCGAGCUCACCACGAUCAACAUCCGCGGAUCGAAAAAGGCCAUCGAAGCGGCCAAGAAGGAGAUCAACGCCAUCGUCUCCGAGGUAGACGCCGAGGAAAGCUACCGCUUGCAUGUCCCGGUCAGUCUGCACGGGCAACUAAUCGGGGCACAGGGCCAGGCUAUUCGCGAUCUGAUCAUCCGAGCGGGCGGCCCGGAGGACUCGCGAGCAGCGGCGCAGCACAUUAUUUUCCCGCGCAAGGGCGACAUGGACACGGAUACAGUCAUCGUCCGCGGGCCGGCAGCGCUAGCCAGCAAGCUCAAGGCUGAGCUGGAGGCUGCAGUGGAGCAGGCUUCGAAUCGCGCCAACGAGCUCACGCUCGGUGUCCAUGUACUGCAAACCCAGCACAGCCAGCUGAUUGGCCGUGCAGGGGCACGCUUGAAAGAGCUCGAGGCCAAGCACAAUGUCCGCAUCAGCCUGCCCGGCUCGCGGCUGUACGCUUCGGCACCGGAGGCGAGCAACCAGGCCGAGCUCGGUGACGCGGCGCCAGAGACGAUUGUCAAGGUCCGCGGUGCGGAAGCCGCGUGCCGCGCAGCGAUCGAGGAGAUCUCGAGCUCGCUCGCAUCUGCCUCGCGCAGCGUCCAGGUGCCGCGCUCUGUGCACGGCAAACUCGCAUCGCCCAACUUUUUGCGCAACCUGCGCUCUAACCACGGCGUGUCGGUGGACCUGCCGCGAAACCUGCCUGCUGCUGCUAGGUCAGCGGCGAGUAGCGCACGCAUCGACGCGGACGAGGCGGAGGACGAGGCUGCUGCGACCGCUGACGGGCUUGCGUUUGAGCUGGAAGAGCUCGACUUGGGUGACAGCGGUGCUGCUGAUGCUGUAGUCGAGUGGAAGCUGACCGGCAAGGAUGCAGCAGCGCUCGACAAGGCCGAGGCGCAGAUCCGCGCCGAGUUGGCCAAGGCGAAGAGCGCGUCGCACGAGGGGCGACUGACGCUGCCGCAGUCUGCGGUGCCACGGAUCAUUGGCAAACAGGGCAGCGGCCUGCACGCGUUGCAGGCCGAGACGGGCACGGACAUCCAGAUCCCACGCGACGGCGGCGGGCUGUGCAUCAUCCGCGGCUCCAAGGAGGCCGUGCUGGAGGCCAGGGAGAGGAUCGAGGAGAUUGCGGAGAGGUGACGCACUCGGUGCAGGUCAGGGAGAGAGAAAGCCAAGGUUCUGUCCUCGAACAAACAGGCAACCUAACCAAAAAGACGAAGGGUGCUUGGCGCCGCGCAGAUGUGUCGUCAGAAUGGAACGUGAGGAAGGAAGCAUGUAUUCGUUUGCUCGUUCGACUUUCCCUCUAGCACUGCAAGUAUUUCCAACGUAAUGGACCGGCGCGGCAAUAGCAAUGGCAUGGUUACCCAGAUACACUCAUCGAUUGUGAAUCACCGUGUUGGAGGCCGCAUCGCCUGGCCAAAUGCCAUGGCCCCUGGCAUGAC